AUGGAACGACGCGAAACGUACACGACUCAGAUGCCUGAUGGUGCCUACGUUACCACUACGACUAGGUUGAUUUAUUGAGUUUUAUUCCAUCCAAAUCAUUUUAGAGAGUAAAACGGUAAAAUUUGAGAAGGAACCUGCCUCAAAACCUUAAAAAGGUACCUGCAGUCAAUCAAAAUACAAAUUAAUCGAUAACGAUUAAUUUCAUUCCGGUUUAGUUCUAUUCGAUCAAGUUGAAAGCUUUUUCAAAAUUUUUUCAGAAAAUGUUUAAGGUUUUCGCAGGUCAAUUUUGGUGUCUAUCGAAAGAUCUUGACGAAGUCCGUCUAUUAGGAGGACUGUAAACCUGAUCAACUCAAGAGUUCAGGGAGCAAACUCGAUACAAAGAGGAGAGUAUCUGGUCGUGUGGCCGCGGCCCGACGGACAAGUACUACUGCAUGGGACCACAUGGCAUUCUGCGCAUAAUUGAAAUCGUAACUUGUUUUAUUUCUACGUUUUUGCUUGAAAUUUUAAUUUCAGUUCUUCUGUCUAGUUAUCAUCUCGCUAAUCACUUCGGUUUUCGGUCCAGGACCCUUUAAAGGUAAAUUUUUGGUCUUUUAAAACUUGAACGAUGAUCAUCUCCGAACUCGGUGUCAUAAUAAAUGAAGGCUUGGAAAAAACUCCGUAAUCGGUUUAUAAUGAAGUAACUAGAUUAGAAGGAAAUCAGAAACCUAGAGAUACAGUAGUCAGUAGUGAAUACCGUAGCCUGAUCUCAAAAGUACAGUAACCAGUUUCUGAAAGGUACCGGGGAAUUGGAUCACGCUCUCCUGUAUCAAUUCUUACAGAAGCUUUUUCAAAAAAGGAGGUAUAAACUAAUUCUACCGUAACCCAGCCAUUUUCAGGGGUUCUAUUCGGUCAGACUCUUCUUCUGAUCGCCACCGGCGUCGCCAUGGUUCUCACUUUCAUUUUCUUAAUCGCCUACUUUUUCACCUUGAAUCUGACUCACUUGAACUUUUUCUGCUGGCGAGAAGCUGUGAGUUUCGAACUUGAAGCAGCUGGAACGGCUCAAAAUUUUCCAGGACCUGGUCUUCUCCCUGGCCAGUUCAUUCAUUUUCUUCGUCCUAUCUUUCGUCGAAGCCUACUACAGUACCGGAAGCUGGUCCAACAACUGCAAUGACAUCGGAUCUGAUGGUUUUGAUCUCCUUUUCUUUACGUCUUCAAUAACUUUAAUGAAUCAAUUAAGCAAAUUUGUUUAAAAAAAAUUUUCGCUCCGAAACCUUUAUGAAUUUUGACUUCUAGGACUUUUCAAAGGACGGAAAAUCAUUAUGAAAUAAAAAAUCAAGAAAGAAUUACCGCUUUGAGAAACUCGAUUAAAUUCACCCUCACACCUUUGAAUAUCUUUUCAGCUCAUAUAAACACGCUAGUCGAUCAAAACUGCUUUACCGCUUAAAAAGUGUUUCGCUUCAAAGCCUACAUUGAUCUAGUCUCCUAUGCGCCUUUAAAAGAAUGAGAUGUAUCUUUUUCAAGGCUUUAUUCACAACGGUUGUCGGAUUAUUUACGAAUGGGCCUUUGCUGCGUUCCUCACCUUCGUCUUGGCCGUAUUAUAUGCUCUGUCGGCCUUUUUCGCCUACCGUAACCGCCAUUCGCUUCGAGACCUCAGAACUGCCGAAGCCUAUGGAACCACCACCACUUAUUGA